GCGAACUGUCAAAUGACAAAACAAAGUACAGCCAGUGAGUCAAAGAGAAACAAAGCUAAAAUUCAUUUGUAUUGACUGCAGCAACAAGGAUUUUUUCUGGAGAAAAGGCUAAUUUCGUGAAUAUUGCGAGAGAAAAUUUGUUAACAGUGCUCGAAAAAACGGCUCAAUUUUCAUUCAAUAUUGAAUACAUUUCUAAUUGCGUCGAAAUUACUGUGAAGAACAUUGACAUUGUUAUGCAGUAAAACUUGUUUGUGUCGCUAAAUAAUAUAUGAAUCACUAGGUUUUUUUGCGGUUCCACCAUGGAUGACGAUCAAUUUUUCGAGUCAAUUUUGGCAACCGAAAAUAAUUAUCACUUUAAACCACUUAAAACAAUUCCAUACAGCGCAGUUCACGCUAUAACAUCCUUUAUAAUCAGUUUUACUUCGGUAUUGUUGGUAUACGCUUGGAAAAGUGAUACAGAUUGUGAGGAAUUCUUUAUUAUUCUGUACUUGCGAUGCAUUUAUUGGGUGUCAACAUUUUUGUACGAUCACCUCAUCAAGUUUCACCAUGAAAAAUUGCGAAUGAACGGCUACCACGAAUUUUACCGCGCCACUUCGUUGCAUAAGGGAAUUCCAUUGCACAUCGUUUCCCUUUGGAAUACCGUGAUUUUGGGAAUUCAAACCAUUAUGCAGCAUCAGUAUGGACCGGAAUUUUUCACUCAUUGCACCAAAGAAUUCUUCUCACCAACCACUUACAUUGUUCUAUUCAAUGCUUUUGAAACGAUUCUCCUGAUUGCUGUACACGCUUGGUACAUCGUACGUGUUAUGCGUUUCAACCGAGCCACACUGCCACCAGAUGCAUAUCGUGGUCUUAGCGAAAGUAUUAGCUCGGUUGGUGUUGCAACACGCGAUACAGAAACAAAUGAUUUACUGGAAAAGCAAGCCGAUUUGAUAAAUUAUCUCAAAGACCAUAACAACAAGCUUAACCAAAAAUUGAUGACACUCAGUGCACAAAUUCGUGCAUCUACCGGGAAUCUUCCACAAAAUUAAAACGAAUGCUUGUUUCGAUUUAUCACAGAAGGCAUUAAUCUAAUGCAAUCAAAUAUCUUUCAUCGGGUUUUUUUUUCAGUUAUACACUUCAAUUUAUAGAGAAAGAGAGAGAGAGAGAGAGAUAAAAAAAAUGAUAAUUAUAUAUUUUGUAUAAUAAUUGAUAGAAAUAAAUCGAAUUCAACAUUGA